AUGUUGCGGCACGGGAGCAUUAUGGGGCUCCUUCUGAAGCCCCUCGGCUGGAUUCCCAGCGGGCCUCAGCAAGCAGCCUACGCCGCUGCCCUCGGCUUGGUUGCGAUUCAGGUUGGCAUUGGUAUCAUCAUGAAGAUUUCCCAAACCGGCGGUUCCUACUCCUUCUCGCCCUCCGCCUCUGUUACAAUUUCCGAAUUUUUCAAGAUGCUCUUGUCCACCGUUUUCUUUUACAAUGAGUGUAAACGCCGUGCUGCCGACGGCAUCCGUCCCUCCACUCGUGGAGGUGGCACCGGCUACUCUUCCCUCGCCACCUCGGAGCUACCCACCAACGAGAGGAGCAGUCUGGAUGAGAAGCGCGAGGAGGAGGGACUCAACGGUAGCUCUAGCUCUUCCAGUAGCUCGGCUGUCGACAAGCACGCGCCCCUACCGAAGCUUGACUUGAGGACAUAUUGGAGCUACGUUCGUGGCGAAGUCACGAAAGACGUGCGAUAUGGCUUCUGUAACCUCGCCCUGUUUUACGUGCUUAUCAACAACUCGAUUUUCGUCAGUUAUAAGAUGGCCGAUCCCGGUACGAUCCAACUGACCAAGAGUGGUGUUACAUUCAUUACUGCUCUUGUCAUGAUCGCGACCCUCAACACCAAGAUUUCCAAGAUCCAGUGGAUUGCAAUUGUCAUGCAGAUCUGCGGUUUAAUGGUCACCCAGUACAACCCGCAGACCGGCACUACCUACUCCUUCAGCACGUAUUUCAUCCUGCUCUUCCAGGUCUUCCUGAGUGCGUCGUCGGGCGUCUACAACCAGGCUUUGCUCAAGACUGAUGACUCGAGUUUGCACGCCGACAAUAUGAUUCUCUAUGCCGCCGGUGCCACCAUGAACCUGAUGUGCCAUCUGGUUAUUAAGGUUCUCAAGGCAGACGAGCCCGGCUUCUUUGAAGGAUACAACAGCUUUGGCGCCAUCAUGGUCAUAGUCAGCAACGUGUUCAUCGGUCUUGCCAUUACUGCUGUCUACAAGUACGCCGAUGCCGUCAUCAAGUGCUUCGCGACCGCUGUCGCCACCGGCAUCCUUCUCUAUGUCUCUCCUAUUCUUUUCGGUACCUCACUCAGCUUCCUGGUUCUGCCAGGCACCGUCGUUGUCUUCAUCGCCUCGUGGCUGUAUAUGGACAAUCCGCCGCCAAAGGACCCCAAUGCGGCUGCUUCAAACGACAACCAGAAGCUGUCUUUGUUUGGUAAGCUGGCUGCCGUCGCCCGCAAGUUCAAUAAGAUGUUCCUCAUUGUUGCGAGUUUCAUCACCAUUGUCAUCGUGGCAUUCCUCACCAUGUCAGAAGCCAAGAUGCCCGACUUCGCCAAGGAGGGCGCAGCGAAGAGUCCCGCGUCAUCCGGCCCAAAACCGGUCACUGGCACCGAGGAGAAGAUUGAAUCGCCGUUCAAGAACACGAUGGCCAUGAUCCGAUGGAACUCCGCUCACCCUGAGCGAAUUCCUCUGUUGCAGAAGUACGAGCCGUUCUUCCACACGGUUCACAUUUCCAUGCCCAACAUGUUCAAGGAGGAGGACCCUGAGUUCCACAACCUUACUCAUGAUCAGUUCGCUGGCACAUUUACCGUUUACAAGCAGGUCGCUCGCACAAUGAAGCUCAUUUUGGAUACCCAGCCCGAGAUUGACGGCUUGAUGUACUACCACUUCGACGCCUGGAUCGAUCCCCUUGGCUGGACUGGCAUGAACCCUUACAACAUCCACUUCCCCGCUAUCAUCGAUACCGCGCCACCGUCUCAUGGUGGUCCCGAGUACAUGUGUUUGACCGAGACCAAGAACUACAACUGGUGGGGCUGGGGCCAGGACUUCCACCGCACCGCCAUGGCGGCCGCCGCUGUUGUUGAUAACUUCGACCUCGAAUACAAGAUUCGCCUCGACGAGUGGUGCGUUGGAUGGAGUGACAUCUACUACAUUCCCCGACGAUUCUUUGCCGACUAUAUCUUCUUGUCCGAAGUUUUUGCCGGAUUUGGAGUCUUCCACGAGGUUGCCAUUCCUACCAUGAUCCACAUCAUCGACGAGAGCCGCCGCCGCAACCCCUACAGAUCCAUUAUUGACCAUAUCAGCGACUGCUGGGGCCACUGCUGCAGCUCGAACCCGAAGGUGCGCGACGUUCUUGGUGCCCGCUGCGGUCAUCGUCUCAACUAUCUGGAGGAGGUCCCGACCAAGGCGUUCUACGACAAGCUUGAUGCCCAGGCCAGCAUUCUCGGUCAAACUCUCAAUGCGACCAAGUACGCCAUGACCAGCGCCGAGAGCGCUCACAUGUUUGACAGCGCAGCCCUGGCCAGCCUGAACAACAACGAGGCCAAGAAGAUUGCGCCCGCAAAGGACGACGCUCUGGAGGACGACCAAAGGGCAGAGAAAUUGCAAGCUGACAAGGCGGCACAGGAAAAGGAGAAGCUGAAGACUGAAAAUGCACCUGUCGACAAGACCGGCAAGCCUGGUGAUCCCAAGGCUGACCCCAGCCAGGUCAAAGCAGCAGCUGACAAGGAACCUCCUAAGGAGGCCCCUAAGAAAGAGGAGCACAAGGAGCCUCCCAAGGAAGAUCAUAAAGAACCUCCUAAGGAGGAGGGUGACAAAAAGGUUGAUCCGAACGACGCCUUGAGGCAAGCAGAUCGCGACCCCGACGUCAAGCGGAGAGUACGACGCGAGGUGGCCGCUGCCGUCGCCGGCUUCGGCUACUAA